UGUGACUUGAGUGCGGAGUGAUUUGCUCCUAACUGGGAAGUUUGAGAUCCAAGAGGUUUUAUGAGUCGCUGAGACUGGUGUGUCAUUAUUCCACAGAAAGAGUCAUGGUUCAGGCUAAGUCAUGGGUUCUGGUCAAGCACUUUGAUGGCUUCCCAAAGGACAGCGACUUUGCGAUUAAAGUGGAGGAGCUCCCUGAGCCCAAAGAUGGAGAGGUCCUGUUGGAGGCAAUAUUUCUAAGUGUGGAUCCGUACAUGAGGCUGUUCAGUAAGAUGCACAUGAAGGAAGGAGAUGUGAUGAUCGGAACUCAACUGGCAAAAGUGAUCCAAAGUAAAAACUCCGCCUUCCCCGUGGGAAGCCAUGUGGUGACUUCUUGUGGUUGGACGACCCAUUCCAUCUCAGAUGGGAAGGAGCUCACUCCUGUCAUGGCGGACUGGCCUGAAGAUGUCUCUCUGUCACUGGCACUGGGAGCCAUCGGCAUGCCAGGUCUGACAGGUCUGUAUGGAAUAGAAGAAGUUCUGGGUCUGAAGGAAGGUGAAACCCUGCUGGUGAACGCUGCAGCUGGAGCUGUGGGCUCUGUGGUGGGACAGAUUGCUAAAAUCAAGGGCUGUAAGGUGGUGGGGUCAGCAGGGUCGGAGGCAAAAGUGGCGUUCCUGAAAGAGCUGGGGUUUGAUGAAGCCUUCAACUACAAAACUAUCACUUCUCUGGAGGAGGCUCUGAGGAAGGCUUCUCCUGAUGGAUACCACUGCUUCUUUGACAACGUUGGAGGAGACUUUUCAAAUGUGGCUCUUGAACAAAUGAAACACUUUGGACGAGUAGCUCUGUGUGGAAGCAUCUCUGUAUACAAUGAUUCGUUUCCCCAGACAGGAAUUUUCCCACAUACGACCAUAAACCACAAAGAAUUGAAGAUCCAAGGUUUUUGGGAUACACAGUGGAAACACAAAGAUGGCGAAAGCCUCAAGAGACUGAUGGCGUGGUGCAAACAAGGUAAACUGCAGUGUCGGGAGCACGUCACUAAAGGCUUUGAAAACAUGCCAGCAGCUUUCAUGGGGAUGCUGAGAGGAGACAAUAUUGGCAAAGCCAUCGUUGCUGUUUAAUAGUUUUUUUUUUUUAUAUAAUUUAGGUUAUUACUGGUUAAAUUCAUCAGUCACUGAACAGUAAAAUCACAACUUUGUAUGUUCUUCACCUUUUAGAGAAAUAAUACACUGAUUUGUGUUUCUCUUAUUGUUCCUAUUAUGAUACGUAUAAAUGAACUAAUGUUUUUAGCAUAAAACAUAAAUAAAAAAUAGCCUUUUUUUAAACUAUCAAAUAGUUUAUAACUUUUGGCAUAUGGUCUUAUGUCUUCCUUUCAAAAUAAAAGACUUCCUGUGUCACAUUGGAUUAUCUCAAUGCAGCAAUUAUAGGAUAUCAUGAGUGAAAACAGUUUAUUUUUCUGUUUGUGGUGCACCUCUGCCACAAAUACAUCGAGCAAACCGAAAUUAAAUCAGAGCUAAUUCAGUGACCCUUACAGUAUUUUUUGAACCUUUAGUGGGCGCCUAAAAUAUUUCAAUUUGCCCAAAAAAUAGAAAAUCUGCCUUAUAACCCUUCAAUAUAAGUUUUGGUUGUGCUUACUGACCUCAGAUUGAUUUUCUGCGGUGAAUCGCAAUCACAAAUUCGUCAAAAUGUCGUAGCUCUAGUUUGUUAAACUACAAACUGCUCUUUGGAUUGUUGGAAUGGGUGAUACGUAAUCUUCUUCAACUGUUUGUGAAUGGAUAUAAUAAAGUUUGACUUUAAUUUUUUCACUUUA